CACCUAACGAAUUCUAAACAAUUUCCUUCCAUUUUCAUAACUGCUAAUAAUAAUAAUAAUGACAAAUAAUUAAAUAAUCAUUGUCAUUAGUCUUCUCUAAAGAACGUGCUCACUUUAUGCCUUUCCAUAUCUAUACAGCUUCUUCCUCCGUUUUUGUUUUGGCGAAAUUCUCAACUUUUGUCGUUGACGGAUGUUCUCUGAAUUGAAGACCGUACUCUAGUUACCAUCAUGAAUUCAAUACUGGAUCGCGUAGCUAAAGACUGUGGUAGACGGAAUAACUCAAGUGCGUCCACUAGUGGGGACAUCUUUGAGCCUUUGUCAAGUAGUAAUGCUAAGCAACAGGCAAUUUUGGUAGAGUGGAUAAACAGUCUUCUUCCUUACUUAAGUUUGCCAAUAAAUGCUUCUGAUGAGGAGUUAAGAACGUACUUAGUCGAUGGUACUAUCUUGUGUCAAUUAUUGAACAAGUUGAAACCAGGUUCCAUACCAGAGUUUGGUGGUUUAGGUCAUUCUUCGGGGUUAGGCUCAGAAAAUAUAAAAAGGUUUUUGGCAGCUAUGGAUGAAAUGGGCCUUCACAGGUUUCAAGCAUCAGAUCUAGAAAAGGGAUCCAUGAAACUUGUUCUAGAAUGCCUUUUAACACUUCGAGCAGAAUUUAUGCCGAAUGUUGGAGGAGAUGGUUUUAACACGCCAUUAUCUCGUAAAUCUAGUACUGAUGCAAGUACAAGAUGUAAACAGUUGGGAGAAGCUUUUGGAUGUGCUGAUGUAGCUUACAGACAGGAAUUGUCAAGUACUCAUUCUUCCCCAUCCUCAACAGACGGGAAACGAAAGAUAGGAUCAGAUUCAAAAUUCCAGCGGGCUUUGAGAAGUCCUGUAAUGGCAGAGCCAUCAGCUGCAUUGUUACAUCACGUUGGACAUAAAUUCCAUGAAGUAUUUCAGCUUAAACAAGGGGGUUAUGCUGAUCUUCCGCCUUCAAAGAUUUCCGAAAUGAUGAAAUCUAACAGUUUGGAUAUUGCCCCCACGCAGUCUCUUCUCAGUGUUGUGAAUGGGAUUCUUGAUGAAAGCAUUGAGCGGAAGAAUGGCGAGAUACCUCACCGUGUAGCAUGCUUGUUGAGAAAGGUCGUGCAAGAAAUUGAGCGGCGAAUCUCUACUCAAGCUGAACAUCUUAGAACGCAAAACAAUCUAUUCAAAACUCGUGAGGAGAAAUACCAGUCACGGAUAAGAGUCCUGGAAGCCCUUGCAACUGGGACUAGUGAAGAGACACAGAUUGUAAUGAACCAGCUUCAGCAGAUUAAGAAUGUAAAAAUCAAAAUGGAGGAGGAAAAGAAAAAUGAGGAUCAGGAUGUGGUUAGAUUGAUGAAGGAGAAGGAUGAUCAUAGUCAAGAGAUUGCAGCUUUAAAACAAGAAAUGGAAAUAGCUAAGAGAACAUAUGAACAACGCAGCGUAGAAAUGGAAAAAGAGGCCAGAGAAGCUCAACAAAAGCUUGAGGAGAGGUUGAAAGAGGUUGAGAGCCUUUUAAAAGAAUCAACAAACAGAGUGAAAGAAAUCGAGAUGUUUUCUGAAUCAAAAUCACAGAGGUGGAGCAAGAAGGAGAAUGUUUACCAAAUAUUCACAGAAUUCCAGCUUGGCGCACUACGUGAGCUGAGGUUUGCCUCUCAGUCAAUAAAGCAAGAAGUAGUGAAAACACAAAGGAACUAUGCAGAGGAAUUCAAUCAAUUAGGUGCAAAAUUUAGAGCACUAGACCAUGCUGCUGCAAACUACUCUGCCGUCCUUGCUGAGAAUCGCAAACUACACAAUGAGGUCCAGGAGUUAAAAGGAAAUAUUAGAGUGUAUUGUCGGAUAAGGCCAUUCCUUCGUGGACAAAAGGAAAACCAGACAGUGGUUGAAUACAUCGGAGAAAAUGGGGAGCUAGUUGUUGUAAAUCCUUCGAAACAAGGAAAAGAAGGCCGUAGGUCCUUCAAGUUUAAUACGGUCUACAGUCCAACUGCAAUACAAGCUCAAGUGUAUUCAGAUAUUCAGCCCUUAAUACAGUCUGUACUUGAUGGUUUUAAUGUAUGCAUAUUCGCCUAUGGUCAGACUGGCUCAGGGAAAACGUAUACCAUGACUGGCCCUGAAGGAGCAAGCGAGGAGGAUUGGGGAGUCAAUUAUCGAGCUUUGAAUGAUCUUUUCAGAAUUUCUCAAAUGAGAGAGAGCACUUUCAAGUAUGAGAUCAAAGUUCAAAUGAUGGAAAUAUAUAAUGAACAAGUUCGUGACUUACUGUCAAGUGAUGGUUCUCAAAAAAGACUUGGGAUUUUAUCUACCUCUCAACCCAAUGGGUUAGCUGUCCCAGAAGCAAGCAUGUUCCCGGUCAAUGGAACCUCUGAUGUCUUAGACUUGAUGGAUACGGGAUUGAGAAAUCGAGCAAAAGGUUCCACAGCCAUGAAUGAAAGAAGUAGUCGAUCACACAGCAUCGUGACUAUCCAUGUUCACGGGAAGGAUAUAAAGAGUGGUUCAUCUAUGCAUAGUAGCCUUCAUUUGGUGGAUCUUGCUGGAAGUGAAAGGGUAGACCGCUCUGAGGUGACGGGAGAUAGACUAAAAGAGGCACAACAUAUAAAUAAGUCAUUGUCUGCUUUAGGAGAUGUCAUCUCAGCUUUGGCACAGAAGAAUGCUCACAUUCCAUACAGAAACAGCAAGCUCACUCAAGUCCUUCAGACUUCAUUAGGUGGUCAAGCAAAGACACUUAUGUUUGUGCAACUUAACCCUGAAGUUGCUUCAUAUUCAGAAACCAUGAGCACAUUAAAAUUUGCUGAGAGAGUAUCUGGAGUUGAGCUAGGCGCUGCUCGAAGUAGCAAAGACGGCAGGGAUAUCAGAGACUUGAUGGAGCAGGUCGCGUCUCUCAAGGAUACAAUAGCUAAGAAAGAUGAGGAGAUUGAGCAACUGCAGCUUCUCAAAGAUCAAAAGAAUGUUUCCCCAGAAGCCAAUGGUGAGAAACGCAGUCCAAAUUCAUUCAGCGACGCAGAUAAUGAGGAAAGACUAAGUGAUAUGCUAUCUGAUAGUGGUCUUUCUGUGGGCACAGAAACUGAUGGAUGUGCUGAAAGCAUCAAUCCUUUCCCUGAAGGAGACAAACCACCAAAGAACACAAAUAAACAUAAAGCUAUAUAUAAAAUUCCUAGAUCACCACAAAAAUCAGUGAGGGAUUCUCCGAAAGUCUCAAAUGGUCUGGGAAAAUCGGUCAGUGCAACUAAUUUGUUGGCCAAACCUACAAAAAGGUGGCAGUAAUAUGAUGUAGUUGCUGUAUUUAUCAAAUUUCCUUCUUUCUCCUACAGUCCCUUGCAUGAAAGUUUUCCUACAUUGUACAGAUUCUUUUCAUUGACCAGAGAGUCCCCUUUUAGUGUCUAGGACUAUACAUGACCCUUUUAUGUUUUUUGCUUCAAUAGUGUUACUCUUUUUUUUUCCCUUUCUUUUAUUAGGAUAUAGUACACUCAAUUCUUUUAUGUAGGUUAUUAUUUCUCCAUAAGGAAUUCAGCUAGUAAAUCUUGUAUAAAGCCUAUCGAGUUGUAACAUACAAGUGUUGUUUUAUCAGCAAAUUAUCUUU